UUUGUACCCUGCGUGAAACAGAGAACAAGCGAUCCAUUUUCAAACCAUCUCGCCCGUUGAAACCCGCUGCCCUGAAAGAACACAAUUCUCUCCAGUCAUCACAGUCAAGAUGACGGCCGCUACAUACUCCCACAUGACGUACAUGGCUCUCAAAGACCUCCGAACGGCCCAUGAAACGUUCAUCUCCCUCUUCGGACCUUCUUUCAUCCAGAAUGUUGCUCGUCCACUCCUCCAGCGCCACAAAUGCCAGCAAUUGUGGGGCUUUACGCUUCUAUACCGUCCAUUUGACCUCUCAUCGUCCGAGAAGCUCACCAGAUACGCGGAUGCAGCCAUAGUAUGCGACACCGACCCGUACGACGCAGAUGAGGGCCCUGAUCCCUUUUCACAGAACUUGCGCCGCAAGCUCCUGAUCACAGAAGCCGCCAAAGAGGGUGGAGUGGCCUACAUGGCGUACGAAUUCGAAGUGCGGCAGGAAUCCAGCCAACCUCGCGAGGUAAACCCCGGAGGACCCAGCUCAGUCGACGUACUGAAUUUCCUCGACGCCUUUGCUCAGGAGACACGACGGGCCGGCUUAGACGGCGUGUUAGGCCUAUCAGGCUGGCCCUGGUGUGGCGCAAGGCGCGAUGACAGGGGGCUAUUGGAGCGCAUUGAAGACGAGGCGGUCGUGUAUUACCAUUACGGCGAACACGGAAUCGCGGAGCUGGUGGACGCCGUGCAGAGCGGGUGGUUCUGGUGGGAGCAGGACAGCGGCGCAAAGGAGGUCAACGUAUGGGCGGUCGACAGAAGAGUCAAGAAGACGAGAUCGAGAGAGUGGUAGUGCGCGUGUAUAUGUGAAAGUGCGAGGGAGUAGAGGGUGCGCGAAUGGAGAUCGGGCAGGCGCUGUCGUGAGGUAGAGAGAUGAGAAAUGGAGUGCUUCGAGGCGUCAAAUCGAGAGAUAGCAGAGCAUGCUGGCACGGGAAAUCCGGCGGACGCUGUAGCAUUACUGCCUUGUUCGGCCCUUGGAC